AUGUCUAAUGUUAAAAUACUUGAUGGUGCAAAUAUUAAAAAUUCAAUAAUUUUAAAUAAUUCACAAAUUGGAGAACAAGUAAAUAUUUCUAUGUGUAUUAUUACUCCAAAACAAAAAAUACCCAAAAAAGCAAAAAUUAAUUCUUCGACAAUUUGUGAGGAAAAAGAAAUGAAUUUAAAUAUUUGUGAAUAAUUUUAGUUAUUGUUUUUUUUUGUAAUUGUUAGAGUUUAAUUUUUGUUUUACAUACAUACAUAUUAAGAAAAAAUAUAAAUUUUUAUUCAAAAAGAAUGUUUUGGUUUCAUUUACAAAAUUAUGAGGGGUGUGAGAGGUUUGUGUUACUG